AUGGAGAGCGAUUUAGCAUCGAUGAAUAGUGAUGUCCACGCUGCCAAGCAGCGCCAGUCGAAACGAAUGUCGCUUGCAUGCGAAAAAUGCCGUGUUCUGAAAGUGAAAUGUAUUCGACUUGAGGAAGGACAGCCUUGUACCAAAUGCGCAAGAUCUCAGUCUCAAUGCAUAGUUCCGGAGUCGAAACGGCCUCCUCGACCCCCGCAACGGAAGACACCGCGACUGGUCGAUCUCGAGUCUAAACUUACUUAUAUCCUCGGUCGACUUGACGCACCUGCUAACGUCGCAAAUUCUAUCACCCCAAGCUCUAAGCCCUCAGCAAUUGCAGAAUAUGUUGAAAACCAAAGCCAAGUUCACCUAACAACAGAAGGAAUAGGUCAGGAACGCUUGACAGAUAAUUUUAUCGAAACUUUUAGGCCCAGCAAAAACCUCAAUGCUACCGAGAUGGCAUGGGAGCUUUCGGAUAGUGUGGAAAACGCGUGGAUCACUGAUCUGGGGCUUAGUUCAUCCGUGCUACAGCAUCAUCUUGACAACUUCCGCGGAAUAAAAUCUUAUUUCCCGUUUGUGCUGCUCCCAGAGGGUAUGAGAGCCACUUCAAUGGCCGAGGAUAGGCCGUUUCUAUUGCUUGCAGUUGUCGCAAGCUCCUCGUCCAAAUAUCCUCACUUACAAAAUGCCCUAAUUGGGAAAAUAAAAGAAAUCAUUAGUCAUCGGGUCGUCAUAGCUGAUCAAAGGACUGCUGAUGUCCUCGACCAACGAACUGGCACCCAUUUGCAAGGUUCCCCUUCGAGCUCCCAACAACCAGGACAGAGUGAACUUUGCAGCCGAGAAGCAUGCCAUGGUUACCAUGCUGUCAAGAUCAGAAUUCACGAAAUGGGUCUGGUCUAUCAAUACGGUCAGAGAAGACCACUGUUUUCGAGAGGUUCAAAGGAUUCAGAAAUGCCAUCUGCGCCUCCGAUGGUCAUUGAUAACUUGGUGAAAUGUGUCAGUUCUACCAAAGAAUAUCUGGAUAAUUUCCUUGCAAUUCCCACCAAAGAGUACAGCGUCUUGCCAAUUGCAAUUUGGUACCAGGUUAUUUUGGCACUAUUUGUGCUAUACAGGCUAUCUGUUGGACUCUCAGAAGUGCCUGAAUGGAACACAGAUAUCGCUCAAGUAACCGUGGACCUCGAAGUAUAUCUCACUUUGCUGACUUCUCGCCUGAAGUCCAUUCAACCAGACGGGCUGUCGCAAAGUAGUUGCCUCUUUGCAAUGUUUCCUAAAAUUAUGGAAUCUGUAAAAGCUUCGUACACGUCAGCAAAGGGUCAUCCUGCUCCGGUUCGCGAUGGUAUCCGUGCACAUCAAAAUUUUGAUGAACCAGGUGGCAAAGCCUUCUCUGGUCGAGAAAAUGGGCAGUCCCGCUGCCCUGGAUUCCAGAACUUGAACAGGAACCCUUCCAUUGCUCCGGGGCCCAUUAGCUCUACUGACCAUUGUGCACAACUAAGCUCUAUCGCCGUGGAAAUUGAGGGCAUCGAAAACGACAUGCUCUGGAGUGAUCUCUUAAUAAAUAAUGCUCUCUAUGACAUACCUAGUACAUGA